UUCCAGGUCUCAAGCAACAGGACAACUAGGAGGCUAUUGCUUGCCUGCUUGGCGGUAUUCCUCCUGAGUUUUUCAAAUCAGGCAGAAGGCGCUAGAAAAAGAUUACGAAGGCCUACAACUUUAACUCCAUCGAUCUCGAAUGAUCAAGAAGUAUCGGCUAGUGUUAACAGGUUCAAGGUCACAAGAAAUCGCGUUAACAAUAAAAACACAAAAAAUGAGAUUCAAUCUGGGAAAACGAACGAUUACAAGGUUGUGUGUUAUUACACAAAUUGGUCGCAGUAUCGAACGAAGGUCGGUAAAUUCAUGCCGGAGGAUAUCCAACCAGAUCUUUGCACCCACUUGGUCUUUGCAUUCGGAUGGUUAAAGAAAAAUAAAUUAACGAGUUUCGAAUCGAACGACGAGACCAAGGACGGUAAAAUUGGUCUUUACGAGAGAAUAAUUAACUUGAAGAAAAGUAAUCCAUCAUUAAAGAUUUUACUUGCCGUUGGUGGGUGGUCGUUUGGUACCCAAAAAUUCAAGGACGUUUCAUCGACGAGAUACGCGAGACAAACGUUCAUUUACAGUGCAAUACCAUACUUACGGGAUCGAGAUUUUGAUGGUCUCGACAUAGAUUGGGAAUAUCCGAAAGGUGGUGACGACAAGAAGAAUUACGUUUUAUUAUUGAAGGAACUACGAGAAGCUUUCGAAGCUGAGGCACAAGAAAGGAAAAAACCACGUCUUCUUUUGACAGCUGCUGUACCUGUUGGUCCUGACAACGUUAAAGGUGGUUACGAUGUACCAGCUGUUGCCAGUUACUUGGAUUUUAUAAAUCUCAUGGCGUACGACUUUCAUGGUAAAUGGGAAAGAGAAACCGGACACAAUGCGCCAUUAUUCGCAUCAUCCUUGGAUUCGGAAUGGCAAAAACAAUUGAGCGUUGACAAUGCAGCAUCGAUGUGGGUAAGAUUGGGUGCACCUAAAGAAAAAUUGAUCAUCGGUAUGCCUACUUAUGGUAGAUCGUUUACACUAUCAAACCCAUCAAACUUCCGUGUACAUUCAGCUGCCAGUGGUGGUGGUAAAGCUGGAGAGUACACCAAGGAAUCCGGUUUUUUGGCUUAUUAUGAGAUUUGUGAAAUGUUGCAAAAUGGGGCAGCAUAUAUCUGGGACGACGAGAUGAAAGUACCAUAUUUGGUUUACGGUGAUCAAUGGGUUGGUUUCGAUGACGAAAGAUCGAUAAGAAAUAAAAUGCAUUGGUUGAAAUCGGCCGGUUACGGUGGUGCCAUGGUGUGGACAGUAGACAUGGACGAUUUCAAUGGUACUUCUUGUGUUGGUAAUGUUAAAUAUCCAUUGAUUGGUGCGAUGAGAGAAGAAUUGAGAGGAAUGUCACGUGGCCCUAAUGCCAAAGAUGUUGAUUGGAGUUCAGUGGCAACUACCAUAACCGAAACAAUUAUUAAAAAACCAGAACCUUAUAAAAUUUCUAUCUCUGAUGCAUUGACCAAGGCCAAAAAAGUACCUAAAAUUACUCAAUUGGUUAUUAACACACCAACUAAUGAAAGGGAAGCACAAGCUAUUUGUUAUUUGACCAACUGGUCCCAUAAGAGACCAGGCCUUGGCAAAUUCUUGCCCGAGGACAUUGACCCAACCCUGUGCACCCACGUAGUCUAUGCUUUCGCGACCUUGAACGAUCAUAUGCUGAGUGAAGGUAGCGAUCAGGAUGUUGAAAUGUAUAAACGAUUGAUAGCACUUCGUGAAAAGAAUCCUGACAUUAAGAUAUUGUUGGCAAUUGGUGGUUGGGCUUUCGGAUCGACACCAUUCAAAACUUUGACUAGCAAUACUUUCCGAAUGAAUCAAUUUGUUUACGAAGCUAUUGAAUUUCUGAGGAAAUACAAAUUCGAUGGGUUGGACGUUGAUUGGGAAUAUCCACGAGGAGCUGAUGAUCGUACAGCUUACGUGAAUCUUCUGAAAGAACUUAGGCUUGCUUUUGAAGGUGAAGCCAAGAGUUCGGAUCAACCUAAAUUAAUUUUAUCGGCUGCAGUACCUGCCAGUUUCGAAGCUAUAGCUGCAGGAUACGACGUCCCAGAAAUAUCCAAGUACCUGGACUUCAUCAAUGUGAUGACUUACGAUUUUCAUGGUCAAUGGGAACGACAAGUUGGACACAACAGUCCACUUUAUCCUCUCGAAAGUGCAACGAGUUAUCAAAAGAAAUUAACUGUCGAUUACAGUGCACGAGAAUGGGUUAAACAAGGUGCACCAAAAGAAAAAUUGAUGAUAGGUAUGCCAACUUAUGGCAGAUCAUUUACAUUAGUUGAUCAAGAUAAAUUUGAUAUUGGAGCACCUGCUUCUGGUGGUGGAAUACCUGGUAAUUACACCAACGAAGCUGGAUUCUUAUCGUAUUAUGAGGUCUGUGGAUUUUUGAACGAAGAAAACACGACUUUGGUAUGGGAUAGCGAACAACAAGUACCAUUUGCUUACAAAGGUGAUCAAUGGGUUGGUUUUGAUGACGAAAGAAGUCUUAUAAACAAAAUGAACUGGUUGAAAGAGGAAGGUUUCGGUGGCGUUAUGAUCUGGUCAAUCGAUAUGGAUGAUUUCCGAGGAUCGUGCGGUGCAGGAAAAUACCCAUUGAUCAAAGCAAUGAAAAAAGAAUUGUCGGAUUACAAAAUUAAAUUGGAAUACGACGGACCUUAUGAAACCUUUUCCAGAAAUGGCAAAUACACAACGAAAGAUCCAAACGAAGUGACCUGCGACGAGGAGGACAAUCACAUAUCCUAUCACCCAGACAAAAGUGAUUGCACGAUGUAUUACAUGUGCGAGGGUGAACGAAAACAUCACAUGCCCUGUCCGGUAAAUUUAGUUUUCAAUCCGAACGAGAACGUCUGCGAUUGGCCAGAAAACGUUGAGGGUUGUUUGCACCAUACUCAAGCACCACCAUUGAGAAAGUAAACGGAAAUGAGGAAUUGAUGCGAUUGGAAAAAAAGGAAAAUCAUCUUAUUUUUCUUUUUCUUUUUUUUUUUUUUAUUC